UUUUAUUAGAUUGGCCAUUUUUUGCUUUAACAAAAACAGCGCCAACGAAUUUGGAUCGAAUUCCAUUCUUAUAUUAAUCACCAUCACUGCCUCUUUAUCCUCAUCUCUUGCAUUCAUCACCUCUGCGUUUCAAAUUUCAGUGAAAACAUAUUUUCAGAUUCCGGUUGGAAGUAGGAUAAUCAUGGAUCGGCUUCAAACAUCUGCCCGUCUCAUGAUAGUUUCAGAUCUUGAUCAUACAAUGGUUGAUCAUCAUGAUCCGGAGAAUCUUUCUCUGCUUAGGUUUAAUGCCUUGUGGGAAGCAUAUUAUCGUCAUGAUUCAUUGCUAGUUUUCUCGACGGGAAGGUCACCAACACUGUACAAACAGUUGAGGAAGGAGAAACCCAUGAUAACGCCAGAUAUAACUAUAAUGUCUGUUGGAACUGAGAUAACCUAUGGUACCUCAAUGGUCCCAGAUGAUGGCUGGGUUGAAUAUCUGAAUCAGAAGUGGGAUAAGAACAUAGUUAGGGAGGAAACAAGAAAGUUUCCUGAACUUACUCUUCAGGCAGAGACAGAGCAACGGGCACAUAAGGUCAGUUUUUAUGUAGAAAAAGAUAAAGCUCAGGCUGUGACGAAGGCUCUUGCCGAGGCUUUGGAGAAGCGUGGGUUGGAUGUCAAAAUAAUCUACAGUGGAGGAAUUGAUUUGGAUAUAUUACCUCAAGGUGCCGGCAAAGGACAAGCUCUUGCCUAUUUACACAAGAAAUUUACAGCUGAAGGAAAAUUGCCCACUAAUACACUUGUUUGUGGUGAUUCCGGAAAUGAUGCUGAGCUCUUUAGCAUCCCAGAUGUACAUGGGGUCAUGGUUAAGAACGCUCAAGAAGAAUUACUGCACUGGCACGCUGAAAAUGCUAAAGACAAUCCUAAAAUUAUUCAUGCAACAAAGGAAUGUGCUGCUGGAAUCAUUGAAGCUAUUGGUUAUUUUAAUCUAGGACCAAAUGUGUCUCCCAGAGAUGUUGCUGACACGUUGGAGUGUAAAAUGGACUGCAUGAACCCUGGUCUUGAAACAGUCAAAUAUUUCUUGUUCUAUGAGAGAUGGUUGCGUGCAGAAAUCGAUCGAUCUGACUUGUAUAUUGCAAAUCUGAAGGCAAAUUGUCAUCCAACUGGUAUCUUUAUGCACCCAUCUGGUGUUGAAAUUCUUCUUACCGACAGCCUAAGUGAAUUGAGCAAACACUAUGGUGACAAACAGGAAAAGAAAUUUCGUGUUUGGGUAGAUAGAGUAUCAUCUAUACAACUCGAUUCAGACACAUGGCUAGUGAAGUACAACAAGUGGGAAUCACUAGGUGAAGAACGAAAAGGUUGUAUGGCAACUGCCAUAGUAAGCUCGAAGGGUGGCAAUGGGUCAACAUUGAUUCAUGCUCAUCAGACAUGGUUGGAAGGUUCAGAAGGGAAGGAUGGUCCAUCUUCUUGGAUUCUCUAAAUGCCAUAAAUAUUUUAUCCUAUUCAAAAUAAAUAUUGGAUCAUGUGAUUUUGUAUGUCCAAUUGUAAUUCAUACAUGUUUGUCUCUGAGGGGUGGUUUAGCCAUUGUCAAUACUCUUUAAUAAAAUAUAUAGCAGAGAUCCAAAUUCUGGGCUUUAUUCUAUAAA